CUUUUAAAAAUGUUUGCGUUCAAAGAAACUCCAGGUUACAUCCCUAAUUUUGUCAAGGGAAUUUUGGAUGAAAUCGCUUUAGAAGGUCUUGACGGUAUAACUCCUAAUGAUCUGUGGUUGAGACUGAAUAACCGACCAUUUUUUACGAUAAAACCGAAUGAUGAGUCUGCCAGAUCAUUCUUGUGGGAUGCUGUCAAACGACUCAAACCGGUUUGUUUCUACGAACUACCCGAGCCAAGACCACCACUGGUUAUUUUUGAUCGGUUCCAACACAUAGACCCUGAACUUGGAAUGAUAAUAGAACCCGAAAACAUGCCCAAGAACAUCUAUCCUCAUUGUAAAGUUGAAGAUCCAGCUAAUGGUAUAAUAGGAUCAUGUUCCACAUACUUCACGAGAAAAGACAUAACUGAUGAAGUACGGAGCUUAUCAUAUGAAGAGGUUGACAAGAGAUGGGGCCACAGGCUGGUAGCAGUCGCUUCUGCUGCUGCCAGACGCAGGGCUUUGCAGAACCCCGACGUGAACCCUAACCUAGAGCUGACUCCUAUGCAGUACAUCGUCCUAGAGAGGGUGGGCCGCAGUCGCUACCUGGGAGAAAUCACUCAGGGUCGAGACAGUCUGCAGAUUGUCGGGGAAGACGCAAAAGCAAUCUUCUAUCUGCGAAAAGUCCUCCACAAGCACCGGCUAAUCACCAAACAGAUGUUCCAUCAAAAGUUGGGCACCCAAAACACCAGUGGGCUACUGCUUCAUCUACCCAGGUUUUUUGUGGAACGACGGCCGAAAACUCUGACUAUGACUGAGAAAGUUGUGGCCUAUUUGAAGAACAAACCAAACCACAUGGAAGAACAUAAUGUGCUACGUACAAAACUUAAUAUUGAAGAUACUCUGAAAAAACUCAGCAAAACCCCCAACUUUCAAAAGUUCAUCAAGUCAGAUGUGGUACUUCACAGAGUUAUGUAUCCAGAGGCUUCAGAGUCUGAAUGGAAAUAUAAAGGACUAAAUAAGGAGCGAUCUGUCAGAGUUUUCUGUCUAAUAGACCCUUCCACAGAUCCUAAAGACGUUUGGCAGAAGUAUGAUGACAUAUAUGAUGACGAAGAUGAUGAUAAAUGUGGUCUACUGGACGAAGGCCACCGUCUACUUGAUCGCACAGUGAUGGCGCAGGCAUACAAGAUACUAGAGGCGGCUGGGCCUGAAGGUGUCACUCAGGUGCAGAUGGGCGAAUCGUUGGGCGCGUCCAAACUGGCUUCUCGCAUGAUCGUACGCAACCUCACCAAGAGCAACAAGGUCACCAUGUUCAUGAAGGACGAGGGGCGUCAACGAACAGCCAAGUUUGCCUUGAAGAUAUUUGACAAAUGUUCUGACAUCAAGAAACAAAUGAUUGAGGAGAAAGACAAAUUGAUCAAACUAGUCAGCGAAAGCAAGACAACAGAAGAUGCUCAACCUUCUUGCUCAAAGAAUCAAUCGAGUGGUAAACAAACGUCCAACUCAGAGAAGAGGGAGAAAGGGAAGAAAAAGAAGAAGGAAGCACUGCCCUCACCUUCAACAUCAACAGCUACUGACAUACCGAGCGAAGUGGAUGUGAGGGAAGUGAGUAGUGAACAGAGGGAAUCUAUAACAGUGGACGUAACAGAAUCGCUGCCUUUGGAGAACAAUCCACCUGCUUCCGAGAAAAUCAGGGUGAAGAUAAAACGAACUAGAAAACGCAAAGGUAAAGUGGAUGAGGAAAAAACCAGUGAACCUGUACCAGAGAAGAAGGCGAAAAUAGAAAGUGCUAAGAAGGUACCUGCUAAAGUCGAAAGUCCGGGACCAACAGAUGAAGCGUUUACCUCAAAUGUAACUGUAGAAAUCAAGAGCAGCUAUACCUGUGGGAGAUCACUCACUGCCAAACCCUUAGCUCUACCAACCACCAUACCUGGGUUGGAAAGCACCAGCGUGACCUUCAGGAUGUUGAAACGCACAAACUUGAUCAUGGAGGCAGUACACAAACAGAAAGUAAUUUUCGACGCGAGUAAACUGCAAAAAAUGAUCCUUGAGGAAGAAACAAAAGAAGGAUUAGAUGUAAGGAUGGACAAGAAGUCCUUACAGAGGAUUAUCCGCAAGUUGGCCUUGGAAGGACAUGUGAAACAUUUACAAGUUUCACUGAAAGGAUAUGAUAAACAGAAAACACUUGUAUUUAUCUGCCAUCCUUCAGUUGAUAAUGACCACUCUGUCAUUCAAUCCGCCAUCGAUCAAGCUAAAAUGAAAUUCCACAUCCUGGGGAGAGAAGCUCUAAGGAAGAAGUCUCGUCUGAAGAAACCAGUUCAGCCGCAACCACCUCCCCCCAAACAACCAGAGGGGGAAAGUUUGUAUGCCGAUGUUCCUCCCACGUGCAAUAUUGAAAACUUCAAUCUCAAGUAUAACUUUCGCUUGGGCCGAAUGUACGGCUUCAAGCCUAAAUAUAUGCGGAUGCAAGUGCUACACAAGUACAUGUUCUACUUGAUCUACGGAUACGAAGGCGACGUUGACCUCAACCAGGAGACAGCCUUGAGGGAAAUAGAGAAUCACGUUGAGAUCACUGAUAGUAUCAGGAGUGAAAUGUCCCAAAUAUACUCUACGACCAUGGACUGGAAAAUGUUCCUUCCUCCGUUACCAGUCCACACCGGAUACACCAAUGGCUGGGCGCUAAUGUCCGACAUGCUGCUUCGACUGCCGCUCUCUCUCUUCAUUCAACUGGUCAACGUGAUGUAUGAGAUACCGGGCAUCGAAGAAUACUUGAACCAUCCGAUAAGGAAACACCUACUGGUCAAGAACCUACCACUCAGCUACAGAUACGCUCUCACGUACGCUCGCAAAUACAUCUUCACCAUACACGAACAGGUGAUCAGGCUUUGUUGCACAGGACUCUUGCAGAUGGGACCUCAGCGACUGAAGGAGAAGGACCAGGUUUUUGUGUACCUGAACCGUCGUGCUCUACUGUGGGACACAACGUCUUCUCCUUGUGGCUAUCAUCAGAUAGAUAAGGAACAGCAGUACCCUGUACACCAUUACCACUUGCAGACUCUGGUGGAUGUAGAGCAGUAUUGGUAUGACCUGUGGAACUUCUGUAUGCACACUAUGCUUGGAGGUAGGAUGUGUGUGGCAGGCAAAGAGGUUGUAGUGGAAGGACUUCAGAACAAACCUGAGAUGGUGGAGGCAGUGGAGUCUCAAUCAGUGGAGGAGGCGGUGGAGAGAGAUGUUGGUUAUCUGCCUGGCGAUCAUCUAGGAGCAGCUGGCUUUGACUCUGCUAUGUUCGCACACUUAAAGCGGAAUUGGUACUGGAACACAUCAAAAACUGGAACAGGACCUAGAUCUGCCCCUGCACCCGCACCAACUACUGACCUUCAACCAGUACUCAACCUACACAAGCAUAAAGAGGACCGUAAACAGUCUUUGAAAACUGUGAGGGUGAUCUCAGAAACCAGCAGUGCAAGGAGACGAGGGAGGAGGGAGAGCAAGUCAGAGCCAAAGGGAAGUCAGAAACAGAUGAAGAAGAAGCUUCUGAUCAAGAAGACUGUGCGGAUGUUACAAAACAGACGGGCCAGUAUGAGGAAACCAUACUACGACCAGGUCGACCGAGAGGCUCUGCUGAAGAUGAGUAAACUACGUGUUGAUUGGUCGCCCAAAGAAGACAACUUGUUGUUGCUGUGCAAAGUGGCUUUUGUGAUAUUCCAGAACAUCGGCAAACGCUAUCAGAACCUCAUCACUGUGAGGCAGUUGCUACAUGAUCAAUAUCCCGAAUCUACUGACAAAACGUCAAGAGCUUGUCAGAGGAGACUCAACUACAUAAUGAAAAACAGCCAGACGCAACGCAGCGUGAACCUGUGUGUGGAGGAAAUGAAACAAGACAAUGUUGUGAUGAAUCAACUGCAGGGUCUAGUAGAGGUGAUGAAGUCAGAGGCCAAGGUCAAGCUGCCAGCAGCCAAGAGGGAGGAGGAGUGGACCAGGAGUUUCAAGGAGUUGGUGUUGCUGCUGCAAGAGCGCUACAAGAAGUUGCAUAGUCAAGAAUUGAGUGGAGUUGGUGAAGGCUUCACUUUGCCUGACACAGUUGAUCAGCUGUUUGAGAACUACCGAGUAUUGAGACCACAAAAAUUCAGGAAGAGGAGUUUCAACCCAAUCCACGUUGUCACUGACAUUCAUGCUGGAGUGAUCAACGCCACAAUACUGAGUUCUCUGAACUGUGUUGGUGACAAGACAUCAUGGUCCUACCAGCUGUUCAACAUAUACCAGCAAUACCCUGACAAGUUGUUGCGCUCAGUCAUGUCCAAGACCCGAGCAGACCAGAUGGUGUCUCUUCGUAAACGCUACCUCCGCACUCAUGUUCGCCAGGGUGAUUAUCUUCCAUUGUCCUCUAGUCCUUAUCAACUCUCUAUCAGCUACAUCAACCUGCUGCUGACCAGAUACCAGUACGAGCUGUAUGGUGAUUGUUUGGAGAUGUACCACAGACUGGUGGACUCCAGCAGAGAGGCUGACUACUUUGAGGAGGUCCCCUACAUCAACCUGCUGCUGACCAGAUACCAGUACGAGCUGUAUGGUGAUUGUUUGGAGAUGUACCACAGACUGGUGGACUCCAGCAGAGAGGCUGACUACUUUGAGGAGGUGGUUGCUGCCAAGGGAGGGAUAGCUGCUUGUGUCGUAGAGUUUGCUACCCAAGGCAAGAUUGACUUCCAGCUGGAUAUCCCUGACCAAAUAAUUGUUAUGGACCCGAAUGUGAUUCAGAAAGAUGAAACGUACACUCGGAUUGUACAGCGCUAUCAAGAUAUCCUCACGAAAUGCAAGGAGCCACAAGUUACCAUGACUCACAUAUUCGACGACUCUUACUCUUCCAUUUCUCAAGAUACUGAGAUGAUGGAGGAAGAGCUGGCGGCCCCGGCACAGAACACUCUGGCCAAGGCUGCCACCAGGAUUGCUCUGUACCUGACCAGAGAAGAGUGUGACAAGACAAUGGAGCAGAAAGAGAUCCAACACGCACAUGACUUCUUUGUGGUCAAUGCUACCAGAGUGUUUUGCCGAUUUAAUUGUGAGAUUAAAGAUGAUGAAGUUCCUGCAGAGCUUAUGCCUUUGGGGCCCACAGUUAAGGAGGAUUUGCUAAGUAGGAUUAAGAGAUUAGCUCUAUUUCCCGGAAGAAACGCACCCAUCAAUGAAACAGUGACGGAAAUAUGUGAAAUACUAGGAGUGGAUAGAGAGUUAGUUGUGGAGAUUGAACAGCUGAUUAAAUCAAAGAAGGAAAUGGGGCUCACCCUUGAUGAAAUUAGAGACAUCUACGGUGUUGAUAAGAGAGUGGCUGAGAUCACCAACCAGCUGGUCGACUCGCAAGUCAUCCUCCGCAGCGGAGUGAACAAAACUCACCUCGUACACGGAGAGUUCUACAGACCGUGGGUGAUUCACUCCUACCGUCUGUUGCGACUGGAUAGGGAGAACAUUCCGGAGAAUCGUAAGGCGAGCUGCGCGAUGAUGAUGAACGUCGGUGAAAAUGUCCCUAUUGAUGAGACGACUUGUGCAGAGCCAGUGGACGAUCUUAAAAUACCUGGAGCAGUUGAGCUGGGUGAUGAUAACUUGAGCAACAUGUCGCCUCCUCCGCUGUCCCCGCUACCCUCUCCGACAGAACCUACCCCUUCUACCUCCUACUUCCCCCCUCCCCUCUCCCCCCAACCAUCCACCAGCUCUGCACCUCAACCCCCCUUACCUGACCCAGCUAAGAAUGUCAGGAAAUACAAGGCGAAACUGCUCACUGGAGCAUUCAGAAAGGUCGAGAAAGCCACUUCUUUUGAUGCCAAAUCCAAAUGCAACCUGAGGGUGUGUGUCCGACCGUGGAUCAGGAUCAACGGUUCUCUCAACCGUCGUGUGUUGGACAAGUUCCUUUCCUCCAUCCUGGGCCAUGUCAUGAUUCAUCCUCUCUGCUCUCUGAAGAACAUCCAGGAGCGCUUCACACCUGCCUUCCAGCCUCAUCACACACGGGAACUAGUGGAGAUGUUGGCACAACUGAAAUGUCUGAAGAUUCUGGCAUUGAAGCGAUCUCACAAAUGCACUUUGUUCUCCAAGCCAACAGAAGUAUCUGCAGUGGAAGCUACAGGACUGGAGCCAGAAGAGGAUAUUCUGCUAGAGCCAGAUUCCAUGGCUGUUAGCCGUCUGGCAGCCUUCAUUGGAGAUUCAGCUUAUUCUCAGGUUAUCUUCAAUGUCGACAUGGCUCGGAAUCCAUCUGAGUGAUGUCAGCUGUAUGAAUUGUCUGUGAUAACUGUUUCAUAAUAAUUGAUAAUUGAUAAUUGUUUGAUGUAAACUUAUAA